AUGGACGAGGUGACGAUGGAAUGUUGCGCUCAAAUAGCGGUAGCGCUGCAAGAGCAGGUGGUGUACUGGGGUCAAUCCAAGAACAAAUGCGACGUCGCGGCGCGAGUCAUUGUUCCAUUCAAACUGCAACCGCUGCUCAACAAGCGAGCCUUCUGCCACCUGAAGCCUUCCACCAUCUACGGGGAGCCGGAGCAGGAGAAGCCUUUCGUCCAGCUAAACAGUGGCGCAGCAGGGGACAACGACUUUGACGAGAAGAGAAACUCAGCGCUCCUGGUGCUAAAGCACCAAACCGAGUCCAGGGGCGAGUAUGAGGUGCUCUUCAAGCAAUGUAUCAAUGACAAGCGUUUGUCAAACCUUACACUGUUGGAGAUCGUCUUUACUCUGCUUGUGGGUGGCCAUGCGAUAACACGGGUGGUACCGAUGGUGACCUACACGCAUAGUAAAGCCAUCACACGAGCCUCCUGCCGGCUCAUCUGGUACCCGACAGGCGAGAGGGAUUCCAUCACUAUCGACGACAUGCUGAACAAGCUGGCGGCCUACCACCGGCACCAUCUGGACUAUGAGAUGCAAUCGUCGGAGAAGAAGUACUAUCAAUCAAAGCUGCGAGUCCAGAAGAACGUAAUCAGCUAUGAGGAGUUCUACAGCUUGCUGGGCGAAUGGUUCGUACUUGCCAUCAAGCUCGCAAAGAAAAAGAAGCAGUAUCUGUGGCAGCAGGGAGAAAAGAGUUUCGUCCCGAUGCUGAUCAAUCCCGCCAGGGAUGACCCCACGACGAUACUCAAAGAGGUUGGCGAUUUCGUCAUCCACAUAGGAGAAGAGAUGAAGUCCAAGAAAGGCUCCAACUCACUUCCUCAAAUAUUGUACCCGCUCCAAAUCACUUACAUCGCCGCUGACGGUCAAGUCGAUUGCAUGGGGGUGGAGAGCAAGCUGGACAAGCUGAAUGGGUUCAUACACGAGAAGCGAUGUCUGACGCACUACCUCGUGAUGGUGCCCGGCGGCGAGUGGGCACGGAUCAAGAAGGAGGACUUUGCCUUCAACGCUGCACAGCAGCGACGGUGGGAAACCACCGGCGGCGACAGCUGCGUCCUGGUGCGAGGAAAGGGCGAGUGCGCCUCCUACGCCCACGCACACUGA